AUGUCCUUUAACAUAUUUUGAAGCGAACGAAAGACAGAAUUCUGGAAAGACAACACUCCCAAUGUCGUGGCUCCGGGAACUUAUGACCCUCAACAGCCUAAUGGAAAGGGUGAAGAGUUUGGAAAAGUAGCCACCGCACCAUUUAAUUCACUUAAAGAAAGAGAUGCCACUGAACUGGUUGAUAAUAAGCCUGGCCCUGGAACCUAUCAGGCCAACUACGUUGUGAACGAGAACCGUGUCUCUUCAGCUAACCAGAGCAAUAGUUUCCACACUAAAGUAGCAAGGUUUGCUCCUAUAGCUCCUGGCUCUACAGUGUACAAUACAGCAAGCUCAUUUUACAAUCCAGGACCUGGUUCGUAUUUUAAAUAAAAUCGAAUGGAAUCAAAAGCCAGAUUUGUUAAAAUAAAAAGGAUAAAUACAAAAAGAAAAUGCAUAAGUCAAUGGUGGUGCCUCCAAAGUCAAAGCCUCCAUCAAUUCCGAUGCGAAAGCUGCCUGCAAACUCUUAUUCAGGCAAAAAUGGAGAUAUUCCAGGCCCAGCUAAUUAUAACCCUGAUGAUAAAGCUACUAAAACUCAUAACAGAGUUAUUGACUUCUCUAAAAGAGAAAAGAAGCGAGAAAUAUUCAGCGAUCCGACAAUUUCCAACCCAGGCCCUGGAGUUUACAACCAUAAGGAAUUUAUUGGAGAAGAAACUGAGAAAGACCGAGCUGUGACUGCAAAAUCAUCCAUGUUUAAAUCAAAAGUUCCAAACUGUAAGGGUACUAAAGACGAUAAUGGGAUUCCAGGCCCUGGUAGCUAUAUCGACAAAAAGAAGAAAAAGUCUCUGCAUGUCAGGUCGCACUCUUAUAGAGUCGACCCGAAUGGCAGAGGAUUCAUGACCAGCACCAAGAGAAACGGACACUGGGAUAAUAUAUUAGAAACUCCCUACAUGAAAGGAACGAAUAUUAUCAGUGGGGUUGACCCGGGAAGAAACCCUACCAAAUAUGCAUUUGACUCUACAGAAGCAAGGAAUUGACUGAAGAAGAAUUCUAAGGUGCAUUCUCCAGGGCCAGGGCAAUAUAUUGACAUGUCAUCAGCCCAUUUUCUUGCGAACAAAACUCAAACAGUGCCUUUAGGACAAGAAAGAGCUAAAAGUCCUAAAGGUAACAAAACAAAUCAUUUUUCCACAAAAUCAACUAGAUUCAGCGAUGGGUUCUUUAAAGCCAAAGAAGGGCCUGGGCCUGGAGAGUACUCUAGCAAAGCUUCUGAAACAAACAAAGAGAUUGGAAUUCUGACCAAUGCUCAGAAAUCAAAGAAGGGUAAAGAAUGGUCAGUUUUCCGCUCAACAACUAACCGUUUUCAUGAGCCAAACCUCGCUCAGAAGCUCCAAAACAGCAAUUCUCAGUACGCAGAUUUAGAUAUCUACAACGUGAAAAGGCCGAAUACGAUUUCACAUCCGAAAUCAAUGAUGCCUCAUGCUGUAGGGAUUGGGUUCUCGGCCACUUCUCCAAGGUUCCCUUACAACAAAGGUUUUCACGGCCAAAAUUUCAAGAAUGUAUACCCUAAUGAGCCAAACUAUGAUUCUGAAUUUGACAACAUGGGCUCAGAGGUUAAAAACUUGAAGAGACUGGCACAAAAGGCUGACAAAAGAAGAGGAAAGAUUAAACAAAACCACCAAAUCAAGAGAUAUUUAGACCAUGAUACUCCGGGCCCAGGGGAUUAUAAUCUAUCAGACAAAAGACCUAAAUCUUUCUCUCAUAGCUUUGGAGCUGGUAGAAGACAGUUUGGUAACUAUGUUGCAGGUAAAGGAACCAACAACGGUGUGGGUCCAGGAAGCUACAUCAGCACUGACUGCAUUAUGAUCAAGAAGAGCUAUGCAAUCAGGGGAUAA